UAGUGUUUUAUUUUACAAAUUUUACUGUAAAAUUUUUAUUUACAUUGUGUAAUUAUAUCAAUUGGAUCAUACAGUGAAAUAGUUACAUGCAACACGUAUGUAAAUACAGAUAAAAAGUGCAAUUGCAUAAAUCGCAUGCGCUUGGCGGGAAUUUUCAAUAAGUGCUUAAAUAAUUAUACUAAUUAUUUUGUUGCAGAGUACUAGUGGAAUAUUUAAUCGGAGCGACGGCUGCGAUGGGCGCAGGAAUAUUCACGAAUCCGAUCGACGUGAUUAAAGUGCGGCUUCAAAUGCAGGGUGAAUUGUUACGCCAAGGAACAUAUAUACCGCUUUACAAAAGUACAUUUCACGCAGCUUAUGUGAUAGCUUCACACGAAGGAAUCGCUGGAUUGCAAUCAGGAAUCCGAUCGGCGUUGGCAUUUCAAGCUGUACUUAAUGGAAUUAAAGUGGGAGUCUAUAAAUCGGCUCGCUCUCGUGGAAUUACUGUUGAUGAAAAUGGACAAACAAUAGUAUCGAGAACAAUAUUGAUAUCCGGAAUAUCUGGAUGCUUUGCAUCCGUUUUGGGGAGUCCUUUUUACAUGGUAAAAACACAAAUGCAGUCACAAUCUGCUGAGAAAUCAAUUACAGCGGGCUAUCAACAUCAACAUACGAGUGAAUGGGCAGCUUAUAAAAGUCAUUGGCAAAAAGCUGGAAUUUCUGGAUUGUACAGGCAGUGUUUUGUCAACACUCCCAGGAUAUUUAACAGUGCUGCAAUUCAGUUGACGACUCUAAGUAUUGUUGGCGACUGGUUAAAGCCUAUUAAAACUUUCAGUGAAAAUCCAGUAUUACUGACAUUUUGCUCAGCUCUUGUUAGUGGAACUUGUGUCGCUAUUUUUAUGCAACCCUUCGACGUUAUAUCGAUACGACUAUACAAUCAGGGCACAGAUUCCAGCGGAAAAGGCCUCUUGUAUCGCAGCUAUUUCGAUGCAUAUUACAAAAUAUUUAAAAUAGAAGGCUUUUUUGGCUUGUACAAAGGAGUAUUUUCCACCUGGAUGAGGAUAGGUCCUCAUACCGUUUUGUGCUUCUGUUUUUACGAACAAUUAGAACGUAUUUAUUGUCUUGUAGUGAAGUAAAAAAAUACGGUAAUAAAAGCUUUUAUAAAAAUUUGUCAUGAUUAAUAAUUA